AGGACUUUAUUCUGUGAUAUUCUGUGAUAUUCUUUACACAUUUCAGUUCAUAUUUUAUGGACAAUUCAAUUACCACAAUCAUUUUUGUCCAAUUUUAGUUGAAUCCCAUGGAGUACGAAAUCAUUGUGGGAAUUGUAAAUAAGCAUCACCACUGGACACUGGCGGUGAUCUACCCACAACAAAAGAAGUCCCUGUUCCUGGAUCCACUGGGGGAGUCUAACCAAGACAUCAAAACAUGCCUUGAAACAACAAGGGCAUUCAUGCGAAACAAGGGAUGCAAUGUCUCAAGGUGGUCAUGUAAGAAAGUCCCCCAUCCCAAACAACCGGAUGGUACCUCGUGUGGAGUCUUUGCCUUGAAAUUUGCAGAACAACUCUUGAAAAAAGAGGAAGUAGAUUUUUCUGCUACGAAAGAGGCCAUCAUCCAACACAGGCUGCAAAUCGCUGUCACUCUUCUCCUAGAGACUGAUGACCUAACUGACAUAUGUCACUUCUGUGGGGAAAAAGAGUCUGAGACAGACUUCAGUUGGAUUCAGUGUGACAUUUGUUUGAGGUGGUUCCACCACAUGUGCAUUCGAGGCCCACCAACAGAGGAGCCCUUCCUGUGUGCUGCUUGUAGUUCUGUGUAG